CAAAACCAUAAUCAGUAUUCAGAAUUUUACUUCGAUUUCAAUCAUAACGAAACCAGAACUGGAAAGAAUCAGACAAAAAAAAAAUUAAGAAAAUUAAGAAAACAAAAAGUAAAUAUUACUGAAUUUAAAACGUGAACUCGCAACUAAACUCUUUCGGUCUCAGUAUUAUCCUUGCAACCUUUUUUACGAUCCAUAGUCACUUUUAAAAAUUUUAUUUGGAUUUCCAUCAUAACGAAACGAGAACUGGAAACAAUCAGAACACAAAAAAAGAAAAAAACAACGAUAAAGCAAGCAAUGGAUUUUAAUAAUCGAAAACGUGUUGGAUCCUGGGAUACAUCGGAUCAUUGUCCUAGCAAGCGUCGUUGUCUUUGUCAUCCAAAUUCUGAUAAGCCAUGCGAUUAUGAAAAGGCAUUUUGGUAUUUGCCCAGCACCAGCAAACAGACAAGUCCCUUCUCAAACGUCAAAAUCGAACCGGACCAAAUGGCCGAAAGUCUUCACAGUGAAAUCAAAAAACUAAACACUUCGAAGCAGCUUACAGAACAAGAGGAAAUGGAAUCGGAAGGUUAUCUAUUUACAUUCAAACAGGUGGAACUCAUUGUCGAAAAUACGAUCAAGAAGUCGGAGAAACAACUCCGUGAAUUGUAUGAGGCCAUAAUGGCCAGCAAGCUGACCGAGCAAAAAUUUGUUUUGGCUAAAUUUGCGGAGGAUCAGAUGCAACGCUUUGAGCCACCGUCCAGCUAAAUGUCCUAGUACUAUAGCUGUAUCUUUGUUAACUUGGCUUAUUGCUUGUUCAUAUAUUUUAUAUAUCCGUUCAAUGUGUACGUUUUUAAAUGGAUUCAAUUUGAUUUGAGAUUGCA